AUGACACUGAAAUACAUGGUUACAUAUGCAAUGGAGGAUAAAGCCGUCGUUACAUCACACCGUUAAUUUUCUCUCCCCUCUGUCUCUCUCUAAACUCCUCAAGGAGUUGAAGCCAGGGUUACCAUAUCUGAUCCCCAUUUGCUGUCCUCUCUCUGGUCUCCUGUGAAAGGAAGGAGGGGAAGUUGGUCAUGGUGACGCCUAGCUGCAUCUUUGAUUUGAGCCCAACACUUUCUCUCUCUAGGAUCCACUUACUCCCUCGAAGUUGUAGUGAGAGAAAAUAGGGAUUUGGGAUGAGAUUUGUGGGUCAUGGCUUCAGAAAGCAAGGGGAAUGCUUUAUCAAAGGUGAAGCUCAUAAAUCCAGUUAAAGAUGGUUCUUCUUCUUCUGCCAAUAAAUUGAAUAAGGGAACUUUUACUGUGAAUAAGAAGAAAAUUGAGUGCUCAAACAGAGGGGCUGGAGAUUUGAAGCAAAAAUCUGUGGUCACUGUAACAAAACAAGAGGUUAAAAAAACAACAGCAGCAAGCUCAUCAAAAACCACCACAAAAACUAAUACUGUUAAGGUGAAGACUGAGAAGAAAGUUUAUACUUUGCCUGGCCAAAGAUAUGAUCCUCCUGAAGAGCGGGAACCAUUGAGGAUAUUCUACGAAUCGCUUUUGAAACAGAUUCCUUCAAGCGAAAUGGCUGAAGUUUGGAUGAUGGAACAUGGCUUGCUAUCGCCUGAGCGUGCAAAGAAAGCUCACGAGCGAAAGCAGAGGCGGCUGCAGCAACAGAGAUUGGGGGGAACUCCCAUCAAGUCCCCGGUGAAAAGGGAAGUUUCACAGAGCUCCCAAAAGCCGAGCUCUUCUAAGAAUGGUGAGCUCAAACCCAAAAAAAGAAGCCUAUAUUAUGAUGAGGAUGAUGAUUUCACUUUGAAGCCCAAGAAAGGGAGAGAGAAUUAAUGCUCCCAAGAAAUGUAUAAAAAAGGAAAGCUCUGAUAAAUCUCUCUCAAGAGGACCAGUUGAGAAAGUGUAGAAUAAUUACAACUAAGAAAUUUUUCUUAAACCAUUUACAUGGAAUAAAUUUGCGAACAUUCUUUCUACCUUAUUCUGAGGCAAUUCAGUGUAAACUGUUUUUAGCGCUAUAUCUUUUUCGGAGUGGUCAUUUUAUUCAUGUUGUAUUAA